CUCUACUUUAAGUUCUUUGGCUUGUGGGAGCACUCAGCUCUCAGUCUGCAAAUGCUUUUGUUCAGGGUAAGAGGAGAGGAGCAACACAUAGUUUUCAUAUUAAAGGGAAAUCACAGAUUCACUCAUGGCUGGGAUAUGGAUUUUGUGUGUCUAUUAUAUGAAGAGAAACCUUCUUUUUAAGGUCUUUUAGGUCUGGUUUAGCCCAGUGGAGAAAACAAGCACUCAUCAGGUUGAGCUCCAACAUGGACCCAAAUGACAACUUGAGCAGAGAGAACUUAAUCUUCUAUCUCACAGUUCCACUCUCUACCAUAAUCAUCCUAGCCAAUCUCUUCAUCAUACUGGGCAUCGCCUGCAACCGCCAGCUCCACAACACCCCAAACUACUUCUUUUUUAGUUUGCUAGUGGCUGAUCUAUGCACUGGCAUCGCCCUGCCUUUCAUUCCCCGCAUGGGACUCAACCGGCGGCUGGACUUCAAGCGAUGCUUGCUAAUGUACAUCUUCCCUAACUUCCUGUUCCUGUCAUUCCUUUUCAAUCUGGUGAUAGUGCAUUACGAACGAUACCUGUGCAUCGUCAGUCCGCUACACCACAGCCAGUUCUGGGUACACCGGUAUUUUCCAUUGGCUUUGUUGAUGGCCUGGUUGCCACCGUUGCUUUAUGCAUCACUCCCUGCUUUUGGUUGGAAUAACUGGGUGGAACUCAACGCCAACAAGACCUCCAAAUUAAAUGAGACUUCCAUUCCAGGAGCUCGCAACGACACUGGAGAAGAUGAGGUUUGCUCCUACAAGCAGGUCUUUCCUGUCGCCUUUAUCUACUUGGAAGUGUACGGACUGGUGCUACCGGCCAUGUUGUCCAUCGUGGGCAUGACGACCCGGGUGUUGUGGAUAGCACACAAGCAGUUACGCAACAUCUGUAAACUUCAACGUGCCGUGGACCGUCUGCAGCAGCAACAGUCAGACCACGAACAGCAGCUUAACCUGCGCUACGCCAAGUGUGUGGCCGCCGUGUCGCUCACAUUCCUCGUCUGCUGGGUACCGUAUAUCGUCUACCAGCACAUGUCUGUGGCAAAGCUUCAGAGCGGGGUGAGCUCUUCCAGCUCUUCCCUGUACAUCAUCAUGUCCUGUACGGGCAUUGGGAGCAUGGCCAUCAUUCCCCUCAUACUAGGACUAGCUAACAGGCAGUACACCGAGCCCAUCAGCAGGGUGAUGGUGAAACUGAGAUACCGCUGGAGAGGACAGAACAGCAGAGAUAUCACGCUUUGACAAGUGGGUUUAGAAGAGCUUUAGGAUGUAUAAAUUGAAUGCGUAAAUGACUCUAUAUGACUCGAGUUGUUCUAGUCGUAAGUUCUGUUGUGUGUUACCUGUUUUAUGAAUUUUAAAAGAACAAAAUACUUUAUCCAUCCAUCCAUCCAUCCAUCUCUAUAGCAAAGAAUAGCUUAAAUUUUAUUUGUGCAUACCCAUGCAAAUAUCUUCUUUCCAUUAAACAUAUUCACAGGCUAUUCAGAGACAAAUAAAAUGACAUUUCAGUUGAAUUUGAUAAUCAAAUCCAUUAGAGGGUAAGAGUCAUCAUACGCAGGGGAAGUUCAGUGGACAACGUAUUAGCUUACAAUAUGUCACAGUGUACGGUAUAACUCAGUCAAAACGAUUCUCUCUGUGAUACAGCAGUUACAAUGAGGCAUACUUUAAUUUCAUAAAGUGCAAGCAAUUAUAAAUAAAUGAACAAAUAUGGGAACUUAAAAUUGACCAGUGGGAUGAUGACACAGUUAAGGAUAUGAUUGUGUAUAUGGUCUGAUUCCCAGAAACGGUCCUCCCAGUGACAAAUCCACUAAAAGUGCAUUCAUCAUUAUGACUCUGGAGAAAAUCUUUUGAAAAUUGUUUAUGUAUGCACUUCCAUAAUGUGUGUUUCUGUCUGUGUGAGCCAAAGUCACAGCUAAAAAAUGCAUAUUAACUGUAAACAAGAGAAACAAAGACAAACUGAGCUGCCUUUUAAUGGUUUGUUUCGCAUGUUAAAUUAGGAAAAUGUUGAGUCCCUUGACAAUAUUUCUGUAACGUUACUUCAAACAUUGGCAGCUACACUCCAGUGUUGAUCAUUAUUCAAAUGUACAUUUAUAUAAAGAAGAAAGUAUUUGGUAAACCUUUUUUGAAAGGAUUGAAAUAGAAACUAGAUAAGGUCGCAUGUUCAAGAGUGCAUAUUUUGCAUUUUCAAAACCCUGUACUUUCUUCCUUCCCUGUAGCUUUCAGUAUGAGCUUUUCCAUCAGAAAAUGAAUAUUGUCUAAUUAGGGGUGCUUGUAAUUUGCUUGCAAACUGUUGUUCACACUUCAGGUUGGGGAUUUGAGCAAACUCCCUUACCCUAAGUUAUUAAACUUCGGCACAUAACUUUGACUUGAUAUGAUACCUAAAAUUCUGCAGCGGACAAUAAAACGGGCAAAAACAUCCAACAAACUUACAUAGAAGCUGGGUAUCAUUGGCUAUAUAGUGGUUCAUAAAUCAAGUAUAAUGGGAAACGUAUAAAAGGGUACAACAUAUUGGAUGGAAAUACCCAUCUCCUCGGCUCCACAUUUUAAGUAUUGGCCUGUCACACUUCCGCCAAUUGAUGUUGAUGAAAAAAGCUAAUCUUUGGACAGUUACUCCUCUGCCUUUGUCUGCGUAAAUUAUGUGUUUAUAAAUGUGAAGCACAGAUGAAAUAUGUUUUUAUAGAAGGGCAUUAUAUAAACGCUGCACCAGUGUUUUAGUCCAGUCAAAAUGAUUUCUAAAUAGUUGACUCAUUAAAUGUCUUACAGUGCAA